AUGUCGUCACGCUUUCCUCCGGUACACGAGUCCCGGUAUCCACCUCGCGCUCGGUCGAGAUCACCGCCGCGGUAUGAGGGAUGGAGACCGAAUGGACCACUCAACCCCGGAUUCAACAACAAUAACAACAACAGACAUGGCGACUUUGAACGAGGACUGGAUCCUCCCAGAGGUCCCAGAACUUUUAACGACAGCCCCAGAGGUCCACCACCAGGCCCAGGAACCGGCCCAUCAGCACCACUUGGACCUCGCGGUAGAGGCGCACCACCGAGACCAGAGUUUAGAGAAUUGAGAGACGCGCCCCCUUUAGGAACUGACCGCUCAUUCAGAGAGCGUGACUUUGAUCGCAGAGCGAGACCCGUGUCUCCUAGAGCUCGUUCACCUGUAAGAGGUUUCAGAGAUGGACCUCUUCCGCCGCGUGAUCUCGACUUGGGCAGGGGUCGCCGCGAUUCUAGAGACGGCCCAAUCAAUGCUGGACCCGGUUACCCAGAUGCACCGCCAUUCGGACAACCCCCAUUUGGCAGGGGUGGCUUCAACGGCCGAGGUCGAGGACGGGGUAGAGGUGAUUUCGGCUUCCGCCGUGGACCUGCAGACGAUCGCAACACAUUCAGACCUCGAGACAGGUCACCGCCUCCCACAAGGUGGGGAAGCGUAUCUCGUGGUGAUAGGGACGAUUGGCGCCCCGAGAGACGUGAAGACGACCGCUGGCUCGACCGUGAUGACCGUGAGCGUGAGCCUGAUCGUUUCAGGCGAGACCCUGCAACUAGCCGAUUUGACUCGCGUCCGCCCACUCCCCAUCAACAAGUGUCGUCAGCGCAACCUCCAGCUGAGCGCGCACCGCCCUUUGAGUCCUCGAGAGAUGACUUGGCAAUGCGAAGACCCUCGACAACUUCCUUAUCUGGCGUCAAAGAGCCCCUCCGACGUGAUAUACCGCCUCAGAAUGUAGCUCCUCCUAUGCCUCUACCACCGAACGAUCUUCUGGCUGGCCGUGUCGAGUCAUCUGCUGCUCGUUAUGGAUCUCGUGCUUCUUCGCCACCUCCUUCUGCACCACAAGUCCCUGCUUUUGGAUCUCUGUCAUUCAAAUCCCAGCCGUACAGUGGGCCGACUUCGAACGUGUGGAAAGCAUCACCCGAAAACAGGACUCCAGCAACACCUGCGAAGCCGCCGGUCCCGUCUCCGCCUGCGGUCAAACCAAUUCCAACUGCUCCCAAAGCACAGCUCGCAGCACCACCGCCUGCUGCUCCACGAGCACCUAGAGCACUUGAAAAUGCACCUCCGACUGCUCCUCGAGAAUCUUUCGUUGAUAGAGCACCCCCUGUACCGCAAGCCAGAAUUUCAUCUGCGCCGCAGCCUCCAGCUCCUACCGGACCAUGGGCUCUGAGGACAGAUGACAGAGCAUCCGGCCAGUUUGCUCCGGCAGCAACUCUCGAAGGACGUAGACUGUCCGGUUCUUUCCAGCCAGGAAUAGACAACGCGCCUACAUCACCUCGUACCCUAGGAUCUGGCGUCGCUCAAAUUGCGCAGAUGACACCCAUGAAAACCUCGGAAGCUUCGUCGAAUUCAGUGCCAACUCCUCAGACGCAGCCUGGCUUCGGCAAUAUUCAGGAUAGCAGAGCACCACGUGCUGAUAUGGCACCGCCGAGACUCGGCACACCACCUCCGGCUGCUCCUAGCGGCCCACGCAAUACUCACACAUUCAGCACAUCGCCCGUUAAGCAGGAUUCGAAUAUCCCGACUGCUCCCAAAGCCAUCCGCGGACCUCCCAUAGCUCCAAGGGCAUCAGUGGAUCGCGGACAACCUCUCCACAGGCCUAUGGACAGGAAUGGUCUUGCCCCUUCGCGUGCGCCUCCAGGAGCUCCAAGGGCACCCGCAUGGAACCAAUGGAUAAGACCUGGAGCUCCCCAGUAUAGAGAGCCUACGGUGCCUGCUAAGAGAGAUUUGAACGGCGAUGAAAAGGCACAGCAGUUCAUGCCGAGGACUUCACCUCAAAAUAUGAAUCGCCAAGUCUCUGAUCCCUCAUCCAUGAGAACGGAGGAGGUCAAGGAUGAUCGUGCCUUCAAGACCGCUCCUGCGUCUCCCGAACGAAGACCGUCCGAUGCCAAUGCCGCCAUCAAUCCUCCCUUCCAGAAGGAAUACAGCGUGCCAAGCCCUGUGGAACAGGUAGAGUCUGACGCUGCAGUGGAUGCCGACUUAGCAACACCCGAUUCGUCUGAAGAUUUCAUCAGUGACGAAGAAGGCAUGGAUCUUGACGAGGAAGAUUUCGCACAGAGUAAGGCCAAGUUCGAGAGGCAAAAAGCACAUCUGGAAGCCCAAAUGAUCGAUCUCAAUGCUAGACAAUACAGAGCAACUACUCCCUUGGCGCAGAUUGUCAAGCUUGCCAACAUCACCGUAGAAGACCUUCCCUCUGCUCAGGAUCCCACCAUAGGGGAAGCCAAGGAUGAUAUUAUGGAAGGCAUGGAGACUUUAGAAGCACCUGCACAAGCAGCCUCACCCUCGCACCCACGAUCUAUGACAACGCGAGAAGACGUUUCUAAUGAUCUCAUCGUUCCCAAGCAGGAGCAGAUUGAAGAAGCGGAAACGGCGACCAUUCCACCUGCACAGACAACUUACAAGCAGCCUGAACCGGACCGAGUUCUUGAAUCUGCUGAAGUUGAUCAAGGCGAGGAUGUCGACAUGGACGGCAGCGAAGAUCUGGACUUCAUCACACCCGAGCCCAAGCGAAGCAUUGAGACAAUUACUCUGCCUUAUCUGGCGAAGACACCUCUCACUCCCUUAUCAGAUCUAGGCGCUUUCCACGAGAACACAGCACGUCUGAAUGCCGUGAAGCCAGCGCUGAUCAUGCAUUACCAAGCGCAAGCAGAGGAAGAGCAGAUUGUGCAGAAAGAUUUGCACGAGCAGUAUGUCGAAAAGUAUCGUGCCUGGAAACUUGAAACACAACUGCUCGAUCGUGAGCGAGCAAGCAAAGAGACUGAAGAGAGACAGAUGUCUGUCGAGCUCGGUCUUGAUAUUGAGUCAAGCCCUAUCAUGGAGAAUCCUAUCUCAGAGUCGUCUCGCUCUAGGUUGCACAAGUUCAGCAGCGAAUAUGACAUCCAACAAGUCUUGAAGCAAUCCGAAGAGACAGCCAGACUCGAGCAAGAGAAGGUCGAGCGCGAGUCUAGGCGAGCCCAGAUCGAUCUCGAGAAAGAAGCUAUCCCACCAGACAUGUGGGACGAGGCUUCAAAAGAGAAGAGGAUCUUCAAAAACAUGAAUCGUUACAGAGACCCGAUUUGCCUCACAGAUAUCUACGGAUAUGAGCCAGAGUUCGACACUUUCACUGAGACCGAGCACAAACGCUUUGUCGAGCUGUUUAAGGAACGGCCAAAACAGUGGGGCGAAAUUGCUGCUCAAUUGCCUGGUCGGUCGUACGCUGAUUGUAUCCACCAUUACUACAAGUACAAGUGGGAUGGUCGUUUCAAGGAGAAGCAGAAACGUAGAGCUAAAGGCGGUGGUCGUCGUGGUGGAAAGACAGGUCGCGCGAAACCAGCCACAUUGAUGAGCGACCUGCGUAAAGAUGGCGAGGAGGAUAGUUCCUCCGGACCAAUGCUUACCGAGACCGGAAGGCCGAGACGUGCAGCAACUCGCACUGCAUAUACAGCGGAAAAAGACCCCGAGGUCAAGCCUACACCUGUUGUCCCAGCUGUCAACAAGAAAGUUCCCGCGACCGGUGAGGUUGGUUCCGAGAAGCCAGCUAAGCGACGCAAGACGACAGCUGCUGGUGACAAGCCGCAGAAGCGAGGCAGACAAACACUGGUCUCGACUGCCACUUCUGUGACUUCACCCGCCGGAACUGACAAGGAGGCCGUUCUCAGCCAGGAAGACUUUGCUCGUGCAAAGCAGUUGGAAGAAGCCGCUCUUCUUACUGGCAUUUACACUGGUACCAGAACUUUGGGCGGACCUCAGCAUGUGGAGUACGCGCAUGAUCCACUCCCGGUCCAAGUUUCGAACGACACUGCAGAAAGGACUCGUGCUCCUGCGCAGACUUCCAUGCAAAGGUCUAGUGCAUCAAGCUACUGGUCCGUGCCGGAGCAGACAGAUUUUGUCAAGUUCAUUGCUCACUUCGGCACUGAUUUUGGUGCUAUUGCCAACCACAUGGGCACCAAAACUCAGACAAUGGUCAAGAAUUAUUAUCAAAGACUUGUUGAGAGUGGAAAUCGUCCUGACGUCGUCGAUGCUGCUAAUAUUGCAAAUGCUCGCCGCGAUCGAGGAGAGGACAUGGGUGUUCCACCGACACCGACUCCCAUCAACAAGAGGAGAUAUGAUAAUCCUGGACCAACUCUGCCGAGAACAGCUUCCGGAUCACAAGGUGAGGUCAUGGACAUUGACCCUGUUCCAUCCACACAGCCUUCGAAUCAUUCCCAGCCUUCAUCGCAAUUCCAGCAUCAAUACAGAUUCUCGAUGGCUACACAGCCAACACCGACAAUUCCGCAGAGAGCCGCGCCUACUCCAUUGCAGCCGCAUGGAUCUCCUGCUCUUGGUAAAUCUGGUCCUCUUGCACAGCCACGUGGGAGCAUAUCGUCUUCUGGUCCGAAGAUGGGCUUCUUCUCCGAAUCUAGAAUGGAAAGACGCCCUACUUUGCCAGGUUCAGAGCGUCCGGCUCAACAGCCAUCGCCAUCGUUGAUGCAUCAACAGCAACCAACACCACCUGGUCUCAUGCACCAAAACUUGUCACAUCUGACCUCAGAGUUUGUUAAGAACCUCAAGGAGGAGCAAGAACGUGCAUUGUCAAUCCAGAAGCGGGCCUCGCAAGAGCACGUGCCUCAAGUGGCUCAACACUCAAUGUUUCAGCCUCCUGCUGCUCAAACCUCCGCUCCUACUGGAUCUCCACAACUUCCAAUGCUGGACAGGCCUUUGGAAAGGGAUGAGCGCUCUGGUACUCCGGGAGUGUCGUCUCUUGUGCACCCUCGCGCUGGCCCAGCAAUGUUCCGAAAUAUCAUCGGCUCUCCUGGUCCGAUGCAGUCUCCAGCUAUCAGCAUGCACCCUCCGUUCAGAUCAGGUCAUGUGCCGUCUCCGCCUAAAAGAGAAGAACCGCCGAUGUAUCGACCUGGCUCGGUGCCAGCACCGUCGCCCGCUACUUCGGUGGUUAAGCCUGCCAUGUCGCUGACUGCAGGACCUCCAGCUGAGCCUCGUAAGACGUCCAACUUGGCGUCUCUACUGAACUCUGAGCCGGAGGAGCCUCGCCAAAAGAAGAGGAUCGGUGAUCAACCGACGCCGUUCACUCAGUCGCCGACACCAUCAACCCUGAGUGUCGCGCCUUCUGGACCUGGAUCGAGCAUUUUCCCUCCCAGAAGAGAUGCUUUCAAUCAGACACCUGUAUCAAGACAGGAAUAUGAUGGACGGUCAUCCUAUGCUCAGCCAACCAGCCAUGUGCCAACUCCAGCAGCUCAGCAUGAACUCCUGACUGGUAGAUCAGGUACACCGGUUGGCUCAAGACAGCCUGAGUGGCAAUCUCGUCCACCUAUGGGUCAUAAUUUGGCUUCUAGCUCGCCGCAUCCACCAGCACCUCUUGAACGCGAUGUUCGACCGUACUUUUCGCAUCGUGCCAACCUUGGUAGUCUCAACCAGCAGUCGCGAGCAAAUCCAUCGCCUCCGCCAAACGCUCAUCCUUACAUGAAUCACUCUCGGACACCAUCGGUCAGUGGUCGACCGAUAACGCCCAGUCAGAUGCAACCUCAAGGUCCCUCCAACUUGUCACACAUGGCCCAAGCUCAAACUGCCCAAGCACAAUCUCAGAUCAUGCAAGCCAACCCAUACCCGCAGCAACACGGUGGACCGCCGCACAUGCAGCAGAUUCAGGCUCAUCAGCAGAACCAGUUCAGUCACCGUCACAACAGCUCUGGUGGGUCAUCUCACAGCGGACUGCACCAGAGACAGACCAGCCGGGGUGAAGAGAUGUCUAUGAUGAGACAACAACAGCAGCAACAGCAACAAGAAAGAGAGUUCCACUUAAGUCGUGAACGCGAGCACCGCAUGGAAGUGGACCGACAGUACAAGGAGCGCGAAGCUCAAUUCCACCAACACCAACAGCAAGAGCAGCAGCGCUACGCCCAACAUCGUACACCACAGCCGUUCCAGCAACAACCUCCCUCAGGACCCCCUCAAAUACUGUCCAUGCGCGAGCAAGCACGUAUCGAGGCCGAACAAGGCUACCGCGAUGCCAGGAACAGAGAACAAUAUGAACAAGAGAUGCACAUCAGACGCAUACAGGAAGAUGAGGAGAGGAUGAGAUAUGAUUACCGAAACCCGAAUGGCAUGUUGAGCAGAAACUCAGGAGGAGGAUAUGGAGGAGGAAGUGCGGGUUUCCCGCCGCCCGGUCCGCAUAGGAGAUGA